UUGCUCACAAACUCGAAGGCAUGCGGAGAUCUAGACAACAAGCACGUCUUGAACAGGGGCUUAGCUUACUUAAAAGAACAGACAGGGUUGGGAAUGCUCACAGAAACUUCUUCAAGGAGACACAGUACAACUUCUAAGUCAAAUAUAUCCUGUUUCAGAGACUUCCACACAGAAGAUAGGUGGAUCGCCGGCGGCGACAUCGUAGCCUUUUUUCACAUGAAGGAAAUUCAGUUCCGGAAUGAUGAGGUGAAAAGAAGAUCCAGCUACAGUUCGUUCCACAAGCGAUACUGCACCAACAUACACUGA